AUGUUUCAGAAUUGUAAUUUCUUAAUAAUCAAAUCAAAGCAAUUAACUCAAGACAAAGAUCUAUCUCAAUUAUUACUUGCAAAUAAUGUUGCCAAUAUUUAUAUCAAAGAUGAUUUUGACAAUUCUAAAAAUUAUAUGGACCCACCGAAAAUAACUCACAUAAUAUCUAAUACAAUUGAUUUCAUUGAACAUGAUCUAGCGAUAAAAUCAAUGAUUCCAAUAGUGACACCUUCUUGGGUUUAUGAUUCAAUUAGUAGUCAAAAAAUGCAAAAUAUUAGAACUUAUAAUCCCGACCCAGCAUAUUUUUUCAAAGAUUGUUUUAUAUGUUGUGCUGACAACUUGCCUCCAGGUGAUAAAGAAUUGAUUUAUGCAGCAGCUCAAGCAUUUGGAGGAGGGUAUUUGGAUAAUAUCACGAAAUAUACUACACAUUUGAUAGCCAUGGAUAUAUCUAAUGAAAAAUCAAUUUUGGCAUCGAGUAUUAUUCAUGAUGAUGAUGAUAAUGAUAGUAAUGGAGAUAUGCCCAAUAUUAAAAUUGUUUUACCGCAUUGGAUUGAUCAUUGUAUAACCAUGGGCAAAAAAUUGAAUGAAGAUAAUUAUUUAUUACCAGAUGCAAAAAUAUUACAUGAUGAAUCCAAUGAUGUGUUGAAAAAUGAAAUAUUACCAGAAAUUUUAAAUGAUUCUUUACCUCCUCAAAAUGAACUUGAUUCUGAAUUACAAUUUUUCAAAAACAAAAAAUUUUAUAUAAAUUCUGAUUUCAAUUUAUCUCAACGAUCAUCUAAUGCAAUAAAAUUUGUAAUUGAAAGACAUGGUGGUCUGAUCAUAAAGAAAUUUGAUGUCAGUGAAAUUGAUAUUUAUUUGGGUAAAUAUCGACAAGGUGAUACUUAUAAAAAAAGUUGUGCUAGUAAUAGAAUCAUUGUGGGGAAUUUACAAUGGCUAUAUUUUAUUUUGGCAUCUAAAAGUUGGACUCUACCUUUAAAUUCAAAUAUCUUAUAUUAUCCUCAACCAUCAACACCUCUCGAUGGUUUGCAAGGGUUGAAAAUUUCAAUUACAAAUUACAGUGGAGAAGCUAGGUCGUAUUUAAGUAAACUAAUCACUAUAAUGGGAGGUGUUUUCACGAAAACUCUAACCAGAGACAAUGAUUAUCUUGUGUGUGGGAAAGCUGAAGGGAAAAAAUUUGAUGCCGCUUUGAAUAAAUGGGUUGAUUCUGAAGGUAACCUGGAAAUUAAAGUUGUAAACCAUUUGUGGUUGGAAGAUUGUUAUGUUCAAUGGCACAAGGUUGAUAGCAGUCUUGACAAAUAUAAAAAUUUUGGUGAUGAGUCAAUUGGAAUGGAACCAUGGGUUGGACGUGCUCAUUUGGACCAAGAAGUUUUGAAACAAUGGUAUGAAGAUGAAGAGAAAACUGCUAGCAAUAGCUCAGGAAACAUUGAUGAUAGUAUGAGUGAAGACGAAUCUACCCAAAGUCGAAGAGGUGCUACUACCAAAGAACAAUUGGAUCACUCUCAAACAUCUGAACCUGUGAACGUUGAGGAAAAGAAUAUUGUCACCCCGUCAUCACUGCAACCAGCAAAUCAACCAGUAUCUCCAAUAUCAACAACUUCCAACAAGACUGUUAAAUCAACUACUGAAACCACACCAGAAUUGAACUUGCUGCUGCAAACACAAAAAGAGUUUUCUCGUGAAUCUUCAUCAUCACCUAUAAUAGCAACAAAAAGUCUUUCUUCUAGAUAUGGAGAACGAUCUGCUGCUAAAAAGGCAACUGCCAAACUUCAUGACAAUAUGUCUGAUUUGAUUGCUUAUCAAGAAAUGACAAAGAGUAGUCGUAAGAUGAAAAGUUAUAUGGAUCAAUUAGAAGGAUCAUUGACACCUCUGAAGAAACGGAAGCAUAGCGAGGACCAAGAAGAACAAGAAGACGAAGACGAAGAUGAAAACGAUGAGCAUGGUGAUGAAAUUGAAGAAUUGAGUCAAUCUGAUUUUUUGAAAACAAAGAAAAAGACUCAAUAUCACAUCAUUGCCAUAAUGUCAGGUUGUGAACAAAUCAUUGAAUUGAGUAAAUCAGAUAUACAAAAAUUAAGAACCAUUGGUAUUAAAAUCGUUAAUGAUAUCGAUAACAAUACUUCACUCAAUACAUUAAUAGCACCCAAAAUAUUACGAACCGAAAAAUUUUUAAGAAGUUUAAGUAAAGUUGAUAAAAUCAUUCAUCCAAAUUAUUUAGUCAAUAUUAUUAAUCAUAUAUCAUCAAAGGGGGAUACCGAAACCGUGUUUAAAGAAUAUCGAAUUGAUGAUUAUUCAUUAGAUAAAGUCAAUAAAAAUACAAAUUUAGAAUUAGGAUACUCGACAAAUUCGAAAUUUAUUAAUGGUAUGCAAAUAUUACUUUGUCAUAAUGAUAAAAAAGGUAAAUUAUUUCAAGGAAUGAAUUUCAAUUUAUCUAGUAAUUUAAAUGGUGGAAUUGAUGUUAUAUCUCGAGUUUUAAAAGAUCAUGGAAUGAAUAAAUAUAAAGAAAUUAAAACUCCAAAUAAUUUAUCAAAAUCAUUAAUCAAAACCAACUACAAAAGUGAUGAAAAAAUAAUUUUAAUAGCUAAUAAGAAAAAAGAUACUAAAUUGAUUAAUAAUUUUAAAAAAUCAGUUAAAUCUGGUAUAAUUUUAGAAUGGGAUUGGUGUGUUAAAUCAAUAUUUAAAAUGGAAUUACAAGAUUUUAAAAAAUUUCAGAUAUGA